AUGACGUCACAGGAAGGGCGCCGACCUCGUGCGGGCACGACGACGAGUGUCCUGCGGCGGAGUGACCGACGGGGCGGCCGAUCAGAGUUGGUCGACGCCCCGGUCGGCGACGGGGCGGCCGUCGGAGUGGCCGAUCGGAGUGGCCGACGGGGCGGCCGACGGGGCGGCCGACGGGGCGGCCCGAGCGGCGCGAAACUCGGAAUGGUGAAGAGUGCCGCCGCGAACGCCCCGGGCGCCCACGGCUCCGACGGACUGAGCGGCGACGGUGCCAGAGAGAGCGGGAGCGAGGGAGGACAGGGACGGAUCGGCUGCGAUUGUGAUCUUGAUGAUGAGGCGGACGUGUCACGUGACGCAUGA